CCUUGCAGUCCUUGAGCCGGCGGCUUCAGGUGCAGGAGAAGGAGAUGGAGCUGGUUAAGGCAGCCCUGGCCGAGGCCCUCCGCCUGCUGCGGCUGCAUGCGCCCCCCAACCCCCUGCAGGACCCUGGCACGCCCGCUCCAACCCGAGACAGCCCUGCAGCGCCCCCAGGACUGCCACCCGCGUGCGGCCCCUCCUUGGUGAGCCGGGGCACCCAGACCGAGACCCAGGUGGAGACGGAGCCAUCCCCGGGCCCCCCUAGCCUGAGCAAUGGGCCCCCAGCCCCCCAGGGGGGCAGUGAAGAGCCUGGUGGGACCCAGUCUGAAGGAGGGGGCAGCAGCAGCAGUGGCGCUGGUUCCCCCGGCCCCCCGGGGAUCCUCAGGCUUGUGCAGUCCCCACAGCGUGCUGACACGCCACGGAGAAAUUCUUCCUCCUCCUCAUCCCCCUCAGAGCGGCCUCGGCAGAAACUCUCCCGGAAGGCAGCUUCCUCGGCUAACCUGUUGCUGCGGUCAGGGAGCACGGAGAGGAAGAAAGGAACAAGUGCUCCUGGGGCACCUGCUGUGUACCUGGCCCUGUGCUAAACCCUCGACCUUCUCCACCUCAUUCAGUUCCCACGACAUCCUUGGGGGCCGUGGGGGGAAAGACCCUCUCUCCAGCCCUGGAGGUCCUGGGUCUCGGAGGAGCAACUAUAAUUUGGAAGGCAUCUCAGUGAAAAUGUUCCUUCGUGGCCGCCCUAUUACCAUGUACAUCCCGUCUGGCAUCCGCAGCCUUGAGGAGCUGCCCAGCGGCCCACCCCCGGAGACCCUCAGCCUUGACUGGGUUUAUGGGUACAGGGGUCGUGACUCCCGCUCUAAUCUGUUUGUGCUGCGCUCUGGGGAGGUGGUCUACUUUAUUGCCUGUGUGGUGGUGCUAUACCGGCCCGAGGGAGGCCCAGGGGGCCCUGGAGGUGGCGGCCAGAGACAUUACCGGGGCCACACGGACUGCGUUCGAUGCCUGGCCGUCCACCCGGAUGGUGUCCGUGUAGCUUCGGGACAGACAGCUGGAGUGGAUAAAGAUGGCAAGCCCCUGCAGCCAGUGGUUCACGUCUGGGACUCAGAGACCCUGCUGAAGCUGCAGGAGAUUGGACUGGGGGCCUUCGAGCGGGGCGUGGGAGCCUUGGCCUUCUCAGUGGCGGAUCAGGGUGCUUUUCUUUGUGUCGUGGAUGAUUCCAAUGAACACAUGCUGUCAGUGUGGGACUGCAGCCGAGGCACAAAGCUGGCUGAGAUCAAGAGUACCAAUGACUCGGUUUUGGCCGUUGGCUUCAGCCCUCGUGACAGCAGCUGCAUUGUCACCAGCGGGAAAUCCCACGUCCACUUCUGGAACUGGAGUGGAGGAGCAGGGAUUCCUGGGAACGGGACCCUCACCCGGAAACAGGGUGUCUUUGGGAAAUACAAGAAACCCAAGUUUAUCCCCUGCUUUGUGUUCCUCCCGGAUGGAGACAUUCUCACUGGGGACUCAGAGGGGAACAUUCUCACCUGGGGGCGGAGCCUCUCAGAUUCCAGAACCCCAGGCAGGGGUGGGGCCAAAGAGACCUACGGGAUUGUGGCCCAGGCCCAUGCUCACGAAGGUUCCAUCUUUGCCCUGUGUCUCCGGCGGGACGGGACUGUGCUGAGUGGUGGUGGACGGGACCGCCGGCUGGUCCAGUGGGGGCCAGGAUUGGUGGCCCUCCAGGAGGCUGAGAUUCCUGAACACUUUGGGGCUGUGCGGGCCAUUGCGGAGGGGCUGGGUUCUGAGCUGCUGGUGGGAACCACGAAGAAUGCGUUGCUAAGGGGAGAUCUGGCCCAGGGCUUCUCCCCUGUAAUUCAGGGCCACACGGAUGAGCUCUGGGGGCUCUGCACGCAUCCCUUCCAGAACCGCUUCCUCACCUGUGGCCACGACCGGCAGCUCUGCCUGUGGGAUGGGGAGGGCCAUGCACUGGCCUGGAGCAUUGACCUCAAGGAGACUGGUCUCUGUGCUGACUUCCACCCCAGUGGGGCAGUUGUGGCUGUAGGACUGAACACAGGGAGGUGGCUGGUUUUGGACACAGAGACCCGAGAGAUUGUGUCGGACAUCACUGACGGCAAUGAGCAGCUCUCAGUGGUCCGGUAUAGCCCAGAUGGGUUGUACCUGGCCAUCGGUUCCCAUGACAACAUGAUCUACAUCUAUAGCGUUUCCAGUGAUGGGGCCAAGUCCAGCCGCUUUGGCCGCUGUGUGGGUCACUCCAGCUUCAUCACUCACCUUGACUGGUCCAAGGAUGGGAGUUUCAUCAUGUCCAAUUCUGGGGACUAUGAGAUCCUUUACUGGGAUGUGGUUGGAGGCUGCAAGCUGCUGAGGAAUCGCUACGACAGCAGAGACCGGGAGUGGGCCACUUACACCUGCGUGCUGGGCUUCCACGUCUAUGGCGCCGAGCCUCGUGUACGGCGGCCACGGCAGCCACGUGACCAGCGUCCGGUUCACGCACGACGACUCGCACCUCAUCUCGCUGGGAGGCAAGGACGCCAGCAUCUUCCAAUGGCGAGUGCUGGGCGCUGGGGGCUCGGGGCCGGCGCCCGCCACGCCCUCUCGAACCCCCUCCCUGUCCCCCGCCUCCUCUCUCGACGUCUGACCAAUGCGGAAGGGGACCCACCGGCCCUGCGGCGCGGCUCCGCCCCACCCGAAACCCCUAGGACCAGGGGCCGACCUUUCCUGGACUUCGAGACAUUCCCGAUUGCGCGUUUCCCUGGAGGGGGCGAAUGGCACCCCUGCACACACUGUAGAGACCCGCUGGCCGAGCCGGGCAGCCCCAGCCUGGGCCCUGACUCCCGCCGCCUGCUGAGGGGCAAUAAACCAAAAGCAAAGUCGCCUCCCAGUCCUUUUGUGGGGCUCGGCUGGGCGCCUCCAGGGCCCUGUGGGGGUGGCGAUGAAGAAAAAGAGGAGUUUGGAAAGGGUAGGGGAGCGUAGGCCAUUCAUGCAAAUAACAGGCAAAGCCGCUUGCAAAUAACCCGGCGGAGCGCAAACGCGCGCGAGUCCUUCGGAGCCGCAGGCGGAGCAGCAGGCGGAGCAGCGGGGCUCGGGCGAGGAGAGAGUUAAGCCCAACUCUUCUCCCGCCCUCGGAG